ACAUUGAAUUUGGUUGGGGAGUUCUUAAUGCGGGAUAGCCAUAUCUAAGCGGGAACAAAGACGAAAACAAAAGCUAGUAGGACUGCAAACCGCGUUUGUCCGUCUGAAAAUGUUGCAUUAAAAUGACGACUUCGCCUUCAGUCUCAGCCAGUCGACCUCUUGUCGUAGAUCAGGACACAUUGAAUGAUGAACUCCAACUUCAUCUAACAGCAAAAGAUGUUGAGAACAAUCCGAAAUUCGCAAACCUUCUGCAGGCAUUGACGCAUAUUCUGACACCAGAAGGACGUUCUUGUGAUAUUCUUCGGGAUCUGCAUCAGGCAGAAGAAAAACUGCAAUAUGAGAAACAUGAAUGGCUUCAGUCACACAUCCUGCAUAGAGAACUUCAGGAGAUAAUUCUGGACUAUGAACUCCAGGCCCAUGAUACAGCUUUAUCCACUGCUGACAAAGAGUUCAAAGAGAUCUUGGAACAGAGCUUGACCUAUGCUGAGACAUUUGAUUAUCUCCUUUUCAACCCUGAUCCCAGCUCACAGGUCACAUUGCUAGGUCUUUCUCCAGAAGACAUUGAAAGUCACAAUCCAUACAAUAUGCAUCUUCCAUCAUUACAACAAAAGUUGAUACCUGACCUAGAAAACAGACUUCGGCAACGUUGUGAGAAUCUCGUUGGUGUUUUCUGCUCUUCUUAUCUCAGAGCAGCAGAAAGCAGCACUCUGACAAUGGCAAAGUCCACACAGCUUCCUGCUUUAGUUGAGAGGUCACAGGCCUUACUGGAUGAAAAUCGAAAACAGCUGAAGCAGAUACGCAGCAUGAGAGAAAAACAAUUCUGGCGUUAUUUCCAUACCCUGUUAGAGUCGCUGAGCAUUUUGGACAAAAUGGUAAACACAUAUCGCUUAGGCAAGCAAUCCCAGUACACCUCUAUCACAGCAGACUGGCUGGCAGCACGUUGUGAUGCUAUGUGUUUUAAGAUAAAAUAUGUGGAACUUCAAGUGUUAUGUGACACAUACAGUGCAGAGGCAGUAAAUGCUCUCAGAAAAGUCAAACAGCACUUGAGUGAAGCCACUGAAGAGAAGGAGAGGGAUCUUCAUAGAAUUGCCCUUGCUCUGAAUGCCUAUGCUGCCAUUGGUUCUGGCUUUGAUGAGCUUGUGGAGGAAUAUGGAAAGUUGAAGGCAGAAAUGGACAACAAAAGAUGGGCACUUCAAGAAUUCCAGAGAACUAAUUGAUUAGGUGCAUGGAACGCCCAUUUACCUUUGGGUGUAAGGGCAGCAUGGAUGAGUACCUGGGUCGAUAUUGGUAUGCAUGAACGAAAAGAUUUUCAUGCAUGCUGCUAUAUGCUCUUUAAAUUGUGAGCAUCUGUUAUGCAAAAUUGUGGUUUUGUUGUUAGGUGAAAUAAAAUACUUUGAAGAAAAAA